UGCCGUGAACAGUCGCACGUCUUCUUUCAGCUGUUCUCGUUCCGCCGCGAAUCAUUUUAGCAAUUAAUUUGUGCUUUUUCUCUAAUUGGAGUGAUUAAGAACCCGUAAGAAUUGAAAAAAUUACCUUUUGUUAAAUUGAGUUGAAAUUUGUGAAAAAAAAAGAAUUAAAUGAUGAAAGACACUCGAGUGAACAAUUAUUAAUCAAUUUGAAGCAGAAAAUAUUAAAUAAACAAGGAAAAAGGGUUUAAUCCUUUUUUUGUGUGAAAAGAGAACAAAAAAAAAAUAUUUAACGUAAAAAUGGAUAUUUACAACGUUAUUUGGUUCAGACACGGUCUCCGAAUCCACGAUAAUCCGGCUUUAUUAGAAGCAAUGAGACCCACAUCGAACGGCAUCGUGCAUCUCCUACCUGUUUUCAUUUUCGAUGGGGAGAGUUCAGGCACAAAAGUGGUUGGAUAUAAUCGGAUGAAAUUCUUAAUUGAAGCCUUACAGGAUUUGGAUAACCAAUUUCGCAAGCUUGGCGGGCAGUUGUACAUUUUUCGCGGAGAUCCAGUGACGAUUUUUCGACGGUUGUGGGAGGAAUUCGGCAUUAAGAAAUUGUGCUUGGAACAGGAUUGCGAACCGAUUUGGCAGGCAAGAGAUGAAAGGGUGGCACGAUUGUGUUCGGAUAUUGGCGUGGAAUUUGUGGAAAAAGUUAGUCAUACAUUGUGGAAUCCAAAUGAAAUUAUUGAUGCGAAUGGCGGAGUGGCUCCGUUGACAUAUCAGAUGUUUCUCCACACAGUACAAACCCUUGGUCAUCCCCCGCGACCAAUUCCCGAUGUCGACUGGACCAACGUUCGCAUCGGAAAGCUCUCCGCCUUGCUACCUGACCUUGACUUGUUCCAUCAAAUGCCGACGCCGGAAGAUUUCAACAUUUACAUGGACUCCAACUACUAUUUGAAGUACCAAGAAUGGGUUGGCGGCGAAACCGAAGCCCUGAAAUUACUGAGCCAAAGACUGAAAGUAGAGGAAAAUGCGUUCAAAAACAAUUUUUACUUGCCGAAUCAAGGAUUUCCCGAUAUUAUCAAUUGUUCGACGUCAAUGAGCCCGGCAUUGCGGUUCGGAUGUCUCUCGGUGCGGAAGUUUUAUUGGGAGAUUCACGAUUUGUUUGAACGGGCACAGCAAAAAUUUCAAGUUAAAUGCCCCGGGGGACCACAUAUCACGGGACAACUCAUUUGGCGGGAGUAUUUUUACACAAUGUCAGUGAGAAAUUUGAAUUAUGCGCAAAUUGAGGGGAAUCCAAUUUGUUUGAACGUUCCGUGGUACGAUCCCAAAGACGGAAGUUUUGAACGAUGGAAGGCAGGAAAGACGGGAUUUCCGUUAAUUGAUGCUGCGAUGCGUCAAUUGCUGGCCGAGGGAUGGAUUCAUCACACUUUACGGAAUAUUACAGCCACCUUUUUGACACGUGGCGCCCUCUGGAUCUCUUGGGAAAAAGGCCUCCAUCACUUUUUAAAGUACCAACUUGACGCUGAUUGGUCCGUUUGUGCCGGAAAUUGGAUGUGGGUGUCAUCCUCAGCAUUCGAGAAGCUCUUAGACUCUUCUUUGGUGAAUUGUCCCGUUAGUUUCGGAAAGCGUUUGGACCCGAAUGGCGAAUAUAUUAAACGAUAUGUGCCCGAAUUGAGACUUUAUCCCAAAGAAUACAUUCAUGAACCAUGGAAAGCCCCAAUGAGCCUUCAACAAGAAUACGAGUGCAUUAUUGGCAUCCAUUAUCCCCAAACGAUGUUAGAUUUUAAGGAAGCAGCUAAAAGAAAUCGAAAUAAGAUGAAAUCCAUUCGUGAUCGCAUUCUGGAAGAACGUGAGACGCAACCAGAGCAUUGUAGACCCUCGAGCGAGGAUGAAAUUCGACAAUUUUUCUGGUUGAGUAAUGAAAUUGAAGAGGAAAAAAUGGAUUUUUAAAAAUUUUUCUUUUUUUUUUAAAGUCCAGUUAUAAAAAAUGUUUCAUAUUUAUUUAUUAAUUAUGACUCUAAAUUUUUUGGUAAAAAUAAUUUUUAGUCCGAAAUAUGAAAAAAAAAAUAUUUUUUUAUAAAGAUCCUUCUUAAAUUGAUGAAAAAUCGCUAAUUUUUUUUUAUUUAAAAAAAAA